AAAAAUUAAUUUAGUAUGUAAUGUUUAUCACCUGUAUUUGGUGACCUUGGAGUUGUCUGCUAGGGAAGCUGGGUAUAUGAGCAAUUGGCGUCAAUGUAAUAUGAUGCAAAAAGUGGUGAGGGUAAAUGUAGUUGCAUCUUGAUGGUAACUACCCUGUGAUAUUAUCCAAUCUCUUAUUUAAGGUGAUAGUCAACAAUAUAUGUUAAUGGUCAAAAAAUUGGUACAAAAAUAGGUUCCUCUCAGUGGUUAGCCAUGGCCUUGUUAAUUCCAUGACAUAAGUUAAAUCUGAACACUAGACAAUUUUAGGAAAGCUUUAAUGUGAAUAAAAUAACAUAACCAUCAUAGAAUAAUUUUUAGCUCUUUGAUUCCAGGUAUUGCACAGCAUAUUAUUGUUGAUUAUUUUGCUGACAUGACUGAUAUUAGAUUGGAAGUGGCUUCUGAGAAUGCCAUCUCAGAGAUUCAUUAUGAUGGCCAUGAAGUCCGACAACCCCCGCUGUCCAUGUCAGAGCAGCUGAGCCAGUUUGCUCGCCGCAUAGACUUCAGUGCAGUGGAGAAUGGAGGCAGCGAUGAGCCAGGUGGCAAGACUGGAGAAGAUGCCGAGUCUAUGGAAGACGAUGAAGAGGAGGAGAAACCUUGCCAGCAACCUCAUUGGCCACUUGAAAGUGUGCGCAACAAGAUCAGGAAUGCUCACACAGAGAUUUGUGUGCUACAUGACCUCCUUCAAAUGGUUAAAGAGAAGAAGUACCUCGUUCUUGACCUCGUGCAAACCCCUCAGCCACAGCCAAAGCUCUACAUCCAGUUCCUCUCUCUGAAGAAGAGUUUAAGCAAUGCUUCUGGCAUCCUGAUGCAAGGUGCUGAGCGCAUCAGGUCUUCACAGUCAAGCAUUGCUCGCCCCAGCUCUGACUUCCAUCUUGAUCUGCUGCGUCUCCGCAAGAACUGGAAACUCAAGAAAGUUGCCGCUAACAUCGUCGGUGAUCUCUCCUACUCAGCUGUUGGCUCCAAUUUCAAGCAUAACAGCUUCUUCGAAGUGACGAAGUCAGACGACGACGUAACUCUGACGACGCCGCUGUCCGCUCUGCCAGGCUCGUCGCCGUCCAUUGGUCGCUCGUCCCUGCGCGUCACCGUGCCCCCGGAGCUCGAGGGCUCAGCCUACAUCUUCGUCUGCAUCCGCAAAGAUGAAGAAGACUUGUGCUCAGCGCAGCUAAACAUGCUAGACGGUCUGGCUACUCUGAACGCCCAGCCCAACAUGUCGCCGUCUACUGAACACUGGCAGCAGAAACUCGAGAACGCUCAGAACGUUCUCUUCUGCAAGGAACUCUUCAGCCAACUGGCCAGGGAGGCCGUGGCGCUCAGGAUGGACAUCCCUCCCCUUGUUGUUGCUAAUCAGAUCGCCGCCACCAUCUUUCCCGGCAUCCACCUGCUCAUUGCGCUGUGCCACUCACAUCCCGACAGUUCACGCAGUCGAUCGUCUCUAACUGCACCGCACAACGUACUGAGCAACGGCACCAUCAACGAACUGGGCAGCAGCAGCACCACAGCGUCAAGCAACACCUCCACAGACCACCAUUCUUCCUCGUCCCUCGGGGGCGGCGUGUCGUCUCUCAAGAACCUCCACGACAAGGUCCUAGAGCAUUCCCUGCACCAGCUCUUCCACAGCUACCUCAAGAGCAGCUCUCCCAUGCCUCAUCCUGUCUACGCUCCCCUGCACGCCCACCCCACCAGGAGAGUGGCAGGGCCUCAAGGGCUCGACCGACAACAGCUGAUGCAGACAGUGACGCACGAGACGCUGCUGGAACAGAUCAUAAAGGAGGCGCAGCAUAACUUCCUGCGCCUGCGCACGAUGUUCGUCAUCGAUCAGCUCGCCAAGGAACUCAAAGAUCCUCUCAUUUUCUCCCACUGGAACCUCUUCAAUUCCCCCACGCAGUCGUGCGUGAGGAUCAACAUCGUCACUCAGGGCUUUGAUUCCGUGAUACGAACGACGCUCGUGGUGCAAGUGUUCGAGCGGUCGCUGCGGUGCGUGUGUCGGGACGGCAGAGUCAUGACUCUAUCCUUCGAGCCGCAGGAGCUGCUGAACUUACUGAGAUGUCAGGUGGCGCAGCACCAGACGGCGGCCGUGCAGUCCUUCAGUAAACUCAUGGGCUGGACGGUGAACUGCUCUGAGCCCUGCCUGGGGGUCGGGUCAGCUGAGCCCCUCGGCAGCGCUUCUGCGGUUGUCCUCACGUCUCCAGCUGGAAACAAGCAAAUCCUGGUCCGAUCAGGCCCCUGCACGGGUGUUAGCGUCAGCGUUGCAGCUGCUCCUCGCAACGACUUCUAUCCCUCCGCCGUCGUGCACGAAAGGCGAUGGGACCAACUGCCGGGUGCGUGGCAGGAAGUCCGUCUCGACUCAAUGGAAGGCAGGAAUUUCUUAGCCAAAAUUGAGCUACUCAUGGCUGCGCUCACUGCUCAGAAUUAGAAACCCUCCCACGUUAGUUCCAAUUUCGUGUAAAAAUUGUAAAGGUUCAUAAUUUUGUUUGGACUUAUUUUCUAUGAACAACUAAGAACCGAAAUGUGUCGUAACCUUUGGUCCAUGAAAGAGUAUGUUGUGCAAAUCAAUGAUGUGCGAUAGUUGCAGGGAAUUUUUAAACCCUGUAACUAUCCACUGACAAGAAGAAACUUUAAAGAAGUUUACCCCAUUUAAAAAAAAUUUCGAAUUUUGCAGUUAAGUUAUUGAAAAUUUACUUAUGAAUUAGCCAAGCUUUUACAUUUAGGCGGAUAAAUUUCGAAAAAUUUUCUGUUAUUAUGUGUACAGGCUUAUGUGCGUCAUUAUUUUUUAAUAACGAUCUGGUGUUCUGUCUGUA